AUGACCAGGGGUGCUUGGAUGCGUCGGCAGCAUGAUGAAGGCUUAAAAUACUGGUUUGCACCCCGAGAGAACGAGAAGCCGUUCGCCGAGUCGGAGCGGGCCCAGAGAUGGCGACUGUCGCUGGCCUCUCUGCUGUUCAUCACGGUCCUGCUCUCUGAUCACUUGUGGUUCUGCGCCGAGGCGAAACUGACGCGGACCCGAGACAAGCGGUGGGACGCGGGGCUCGCAAUUACGGACACGAUGGGCGAGCACCCGAACUCCCCCCACCGCCACCACGUCCCAACAUCACCCGACCCCCUCCGUCUCGCCAGAGAGCAAGAUGUUAUUUUUCUAGGGAAUUCUACCAAAUCUCUGUGGCGAAUGGACGCCUGUCACCCCGACAGCCUGUCCAAAGACUGCUUCACUUUCACGGACGCGGAGACCGUGUGCCUGGGCCUCUCCGGUGGAGGGGGCGAGGGGACGCAGCUGGCGUACGUGAAUCUGAGCGAUUUGUACCUUUCUUUUUGUAAUUCCUACUCACUUUUGGAUUUGUUUUACGGGUUUACGAGUCCGGUCGAUUUGAAUUGCACCCUGGAUAUGGCCAUGGGGGUGGAUCUGCUGGGAUGCAGCGAGUGCGUCCGGGCUUAUCAGCUUCUUGACCUGGAGGCGGAGGAGAGGUACCAGGAGUUUGAGCUGCUGGUUCAAAAAUACGAGACGGAUGCGUACUCGGUCAGGACGUGCAUGGAGGAAUGCAAGAUGGUGUACAAGCCCUGGCUGUGUUCUCAGUACUUCCAGACCACCCAGAUGCACUGCAGCAAGCGAAUCCCCUGUGGUCAGUACUGCCUGGAGGUGCAGCAGCGGUGCCCCUUCGUCCUGCCCGACAAUGAUGAUCUCAUUCAUGGAGGCAGCCCCAGUUUUAUAUGCACAGGGCUGUUGGAGGACUAUCCGUCAGGUGUGGACCCAGAUGCAGAGUGCUGCGAUGUGCGGUGGGACUUGAAAGUGGACAACCGAACCCGGGGGACCCUGAAAAGAACUCACCCGCCAUGCCAGCACCGCACCUCCCUCAGCUCCUCAGCAGCCUGCAGACUGUGUAACAGCCGGCUCAAACUCUGCCUGCUGGUCCUUGUACUCCUACACACUGUUGCCAGCCUCACGGCAUCCCACAAUGCAACAGGACUGGGCCUCCCUGCCAUCACGCCUCUGGAGGAGAGCCCUGCCAAUGAGGAGUGAUGGAGCUGCCAGGAGGAGGUGAGGUUGUCGGGGCUGGGGAUUCCCUCACCAUGGCAACCGGAGGAUGUGGAAAAGUACAGCCACGGGAGCUGUGUGCCUGUGGACGCUCUGCAGCGCUUUGAGACGAAAGACACACACAAAUCAAUCAAAACGAAUAAAUAAGUAAACAAACAGACAAACAAAGGGAGUCAACCAGUCCCUUUGCUAGGGAAAGGGGACAAUGCCACAGCCUUUGUUGAGAGGGAAGGUCGGCUUCCUCACGGCUGAGUUUCUCUUACUACGCUUUUUUACACUGUGUUCCAAUUCUUGGUUUCUGUUGCACUGGCUGACUAUGGAAUAACACAAUCAUAUUCUCUUUCUAAUGUUCAUCCUUUCUGUUUUGUUUCCGAGUCUCUCAUACAGGAAGAAAAUGUGUUCUCUGAAUAAUAAUGUGUACAAAAAAAAAAAAUCAUUAGCUGCAACUGUGUGUGUGUGUGUGUGUGUGUGUGAGAGAGAAAGGGUUUGUGCUUAAAGACUGCGAGUAUGUGUGGGCGGGUGUGAGCCUGUAUGCAUGUCUUUACACAUGUAUGUAUGUGCGUGGAUGAGAGCGAGAAUGAGUGUGUGUUGCUGACAACUACCCUAAACAUCUACCUAACAGACUGGUGCAG